CAGCCCAGUAGCACUUAUAUCAACACCACUCCAAAGUCAAUACUCCAACAACUAUUAAUUUUUGUCUUUCCCUAUCACAGUUCUCUUUUAAAGAAUGAGUAGUUCAGCCGAUAAUGUAUCACCAAUUUCCAAAGCAUAUCUGAGGAUAGAAAACAAAGCGAUAUCCACAGUCAUUCGAUGCAAUCAUAGUUUUGCUCUUUUCAAACAUUCAGUCUAAUCAAUUUCAAGAGAGACGAAUUUGUUGGCGUUGCAUAAAAAUUAAGAAAAGAAUAUGUCUCAUCUUUAUCGAUUCAGAUUGUAAUGAGUAAUGAGUUGUUUUCCUAUUCAGCAAAACCACCACUCAAUACCUUGAGUGUGAAUAUUGCCCUGAGUUCUCUACAGAACUAGAAUGCAAUGAGAUGCAAUUAACACAAAUAUGUAUAAACGAAACCAAAUGCGGCUUUGCAAGAUUCAUCCAAAAACGCAAAGAUCUUGGUCAGCUUUACCCCGAAGAUUUCAAUAAAACAACUUAUCACGUGACCGUGAAAAAAGGCUGUAUGAACGAGGACUAUUGCACAAAAUUUGAGGAACGGAACGAUAAUUCAAUAAACUCUACGGAGUGUAUUUUUUGCGAGGAAUAUAUGUGUCUCCUACAGCUUCCGAUCUUAUGUGUAGAAUGCGAUGAGGCAGUGGACAAAUAUUGUGCGAUACAAACUGAGCCAAUUAUAAGAUGUGCACCAGGAGAAGUUUGCUACAUGCAGCGUGUUCAGGGGAAGAAUAACACCCUAAAAAGGGGAUGCAUCGAACCAUCGGCUUGCCUGAAGAAAGAUUUUUGCGUAUAUUGUGAGACAGAUGUUUGCUGGACCGAUCCAAUAUCAUCACCAAUACAGCGACAGCAACAUGUCGAAGGAGAGGAGGACAAAAAAUCAAAAAGUCGAAAAUCUUCCCCUAGGGAAAAAUCUGGCAGUAGGAAGUUGAAUGGUAUCGAAAAAAUAAUUUUAUUCGUACUUUUUAUAAUGUUCAAUUUAUGAAAUUUUUUUUUCAAUAUUAGAAUUGUCGAAUUCACCUUAAGUAAAAGGCGUUUAUUCUGA